AUGCGGCCCACUGCCAAACCUGCCCCGCCCACGAUUUCCAGACGCCGGGUCCGAGACUUAUGUCUGCAGCAUCCCAACCUUCCAGACAGAUUCCGCCACGAAGUUGGCCUCCUUGCCGAUGCCCAGCCGGCGCUUCCUGCGAGAGAACUGCUCAUGCAAUCCUGGAAGGCGGCCACGGCCACACUGCCACGCGGGCUGCCGCUUGCACCACGUCAGACUGAUGACCAGCCAGUCCUUCGCUUAUGGCGCCUGCGCACCACCAUCCGAGAACUUACGCCUUUGGCGCGCACCUCGCUCCGCUGCUUGUUCCGCCUCUGGCAUUGCAAGUCGGCACUGCAGGCGCAUCAGCGAGAACUGAAGCGCAUUUGCAGGUCCAACAAGAAGCUUCGGUUCGCCAGAAUGCUACAAGAAGCUUCGGAAUCGGCCCCUGGCCUGCAGAGGGUCUAUCAGAUCCUACGAGCCUUUGCACCCAAAACGCCCAAGCGCAAACUUCAGCUUCGGGCGGCCAAUGGGAUGCCACUCUGUAUUGCGGAUACUGUGGCAGCCAUUCGUAGUUUCUAUGAUGACCUUUAUCAUCAGCCACUCGCGGCUAUGCCUCACAUGCACCCGCCUGACCAACCCCUGCAGAUUGAGCUAGGGGAAUUCCAGGCCUCCUUGGCCACUCUGCCGGCUGGCAAGGCGCUCCCUCCUCAUGAGGCUCCUUCCCUCCUCUGGAGGUUUGCCUCCGACACUCUAUCAGGGCGUCUUCUACCUGCCGUCAACCACUGGCUGGCGCACAUGUACCUCCCUCCACCUUCUGAGUGGCACAUAGCUGAUAUAUGUUUGCUGCCGAAGCCUCACAAGCCCGUGGCGGGCCCAGAAACAUUAAGGCCCAUUUCGUUACUGCACCCGGUAGCCAAAGCUCUUGCCACCAUUAUGAAUGGUCGCAUCAAGCCACACCUCCUGCAGCUAGUAGAUGGUCUUCCCCAGUUUUCAUACUUGGAAGGACGUUCGGUGCAAGAUGCCCUAGAUCGGGCCAUGGCUCAUUGCACCAGAGUGCGCUCCAUUUUGAAUGCUCAGCGGCAGAAUGUCCAUCUUAAAAAGCAGGGCCACGCCCCAUCUCCUUGCCGAGGAGGGAUCACCUUAUCGCUAGACCUCCAACAGGCUUUUGACCUUAUGCCUCGAGACCGGCUCCUGGAAGCCAUGCAACUUGCUGGUAUAGACUACAGUCUGCAAUAUGCCAUCAUGCAGUUGCACUUUCAUGCGCAGAUGCGAAUCACGCACGGUGGUCAGUCAGCAGCCAUCGAUACAGCUAAUGGUGUAAGACAAGGGUGUGGCUUAGCUCCUUCAUUGUGGUGUCUGUUUACGUGUCUGAUUCUUCAACAUGUCAGCACGCAAGUUGCGCUCUCCGACACUACUGCAUACGCGGACGACUUCUUGUUUCAGUGGAUCGUGAAUACGCCCGCGCAGUUCGAUCAAGCUUGUGAGCAUAUUUCCUUCAUACUUCGCACCUUUGCACAUUUUGGGAUGAAGGUCAGCCACACCAAAACUGUGGUGCUCAUGGCCCUGAAAGGCCCUCUUGCUGGAUCCACUGCGCGGGCACACGUCCGCAGAGACCCGCAGAAAGGAGCGAAUGCGCAACUCGUGGGCAGCCUUCAACCGACUGUUGCCAACGCUGAGGACGGCUGGACUGUCCCUUCAGCAGAGGGUGCAAGUGUGGAGCAUGCCAACGUGUCGCCACUGCUCAUGGCAAUUCACAACCUGGCCGUCGUUUUGCCCAGCAUGGAGGCUCCGAAUCAGCCGAUCCCCACGGAGGCGGACCUCAUCUCGGCCGAGGCUCAGAUGAAGCUCAUGCAGAACAUGAUGGCGACAGCCACGGACCCCAAGCAGCUGGGGACAGCGAUUCCCAGCGGACCACCGGGCCCUCUCGGGGAGUUUGUGCAGGCCUCGCAGAAAAGCACGGAGGCCCCCUCGCGCGGUACUUCCUCACAGGACAGCCAGGGCCCAGCGGAGAUGGACACCUCCUCCAGGGACAAGAGGGCCGCUGCGGAGGGAGACAGGGACGAGCCGACAGCAACUGGCAGGCCCCGUCUGGCGCUGGAGACCGAGGAGGAUCAGCCGGAUCACUCGGGCAAAGGAUACCAGAAAUGGCCCCGCCUGGACUCCAAGGGCAACACAAGGGAAUCCAGAGAUGGUUUCGAAUGGCAGCGCGACCAUCGCGAACACCGCAGCCGACCUCGUCAAGCACGCCAGCCCAGCUAUUGGGGAGGUGCCCGGCGAUCGGAACGAUCCGACCGCACAGACAGGAACGAGCGCUCUCGCGACACGGAGCAGGCACUGCUCAACCUCUGCUCGGCGCUGACCAAUCUGAGCUUGAGGCACGAGGACCAGAUGUCCAUCAACCGCUCCCAGUCGAACUACAUUAUGUUCCUGCAGACCACGGGGAUGCUCACUGUGGUGCCGGAGAUGGUCAAGGGCAUCCAAACAUGGAAGGAGGCCAGGGAGCAGCAGCCGGGAACCAUCACGCUUCCUCUCCGGACUUUCCUGAUGGGAAACUGGCUGAAGCUGCUGCGCACCCGCUUCGAAGCCUGCCUGGCCACGGAGGAAGCCCGCAAACAGGCAAUGGAAAUGCUGGUUUUGGAUCCCUCUGGAGCGGUCCCCUACCUGGAAUGGGAUGCGCAGGCCAAGGCCAUGAAAAUCAAGACAGACCGGGAGCCCAUGACUCCCGACCAGAUCCUGGAGCUCGUUCGCCAGAUGGAGGCCAUGAUCUUGGCCCCGCAUGGAAUCAUGCGGUUCCAUGCGACGAGGAAGCUCAACUGGAAUGUUUCGGGGGAGGUUGUCCCUAUGAUGCUGGAGCUGGGAAUCCGGACACAGGGUGGUGUCCACCUCCUUGAGGGAGACAAGAUGGGGCGGUCGGCCCUUGCCAACACGGUGCAGAGGCUCUCCGAAGAGCUGUCCG